AUGGAUAAGAGUGAGGUGGAUAAAAAACUUGCCAAGCACAUUAUUUUGAAUAAUAUUUCAUUUAAUGUGGUUCAGACUCAAUCUUUUAUUGAUUUCGUGAAAAGUGUUGCUGAAUUUGGGUCAACAUACAAAUUACCUAGUUACUCAACUUUACGCACAAAGCUAAUACCAGAUUCUAGGACAGAAGUAGAGGCAUACAUUGGGAAUGUGAAGAAAACUUGGGUUGCUACAGGUUGCACACUAAUGUCAGAUAUAUGGAGUGAUAUGAAGCAACGUGCCUUUAUCAACAUAAUUGCAUAUUCACCUGGUGGGGCACUAUUUAUGAAUUCAUUUGAAAUUUCAAAGGAUAAAAAAACAGGUGUUUAUCUAAAAGAUAUUAUGUCAUCAGUAAUUGAAGAUAUUGGACCUAAUCACGUUGUGCAGUUCAUUACUGAUAAUGCAUCAAAUUUUGAGUCAGCUGGUGACAUGCUUAUUGGUAAGUACCCUCGUAUGUAUAAAACACGAUGUGUUGCUCAUGGGAUUCAGCUACUAUUGAAAGAUAUUUGUUCUGAAGUUUUGUGGAUACAUGAUAUUAUUGAUGAUGCAAAAUUAAUUGUGAUAUAUUUGUACAAGCACACUAUUAUUUCGUCAUUAAUGAGAGAGCACACAAAUCAUAAAGAACUCAAACAUCCUUGUGCGACUAGAUUUGCCUCCAAUUUUUUGAUGGUUCAAUCAAUUUUAGAAGUUGAAGAUGGAUUGCGAUUACUUGUGGCAUCUUCUGAAUGGAGGGGGUUGGAUUACAACAAAAGAGGGAUGGGACUAAAGGUUACUAGUAUUAUUCAAAGUGUUGAGUUUUGGAGUAAAGGGAAAGAAGUAAUACAAACUCUGGAGCCUUUAGUUAGAGUUCUUCGUUUAGUUGAUGGAGAUGGUUCAACUGCAGGAUAUUUGUAUGAGGCGAUGGAAUAG